CUUAUAGCUAGGAGCCUAGGAACCGCACUGAAGCAAUCCCACUAUCACGGCCUCACUUCUCCCCCUGCCCCACGCAAGGCACCCAAGGCCUCCUCACCUCCCGCUCAAAAUUCCUCAACGCAUCGCGCGGAGCGCCGCCGUGCCUGAGCUCGCAUGAGGUGUGCCUCCCCGCGCCCGCAGCCAUGGGAGCUCAGCAGAGCGUCAACGCAGGGAAAGCCAAGGUGGAUAUGCAAGUCGACCUCACCCACAUGCUGUGCGAGGCGCUGCUGCUGCCGCCCCUCAGGAGCUCUAGCGUCGCGUUAUCACAAAUUGUUGGAAGGAUAUCACUCAAACACCCAAGCCUCUUUGGGAGAAGCGAGAAGUUGGAUGUUAUAUUGGAUAAGGGAAUCAAUGAUUCCAACGUUGUUGUUGCCUUUAGGCGCCCAAGGCCUGAGUGGUUGUCACAGCAAUCAUUUGUGAUUCAGCACUCAAUGACACCAGAAGUUGCAGUCCAUGGGUUCCCGGCUGAUAACUUCACACGAUCAGGGAGCAGAGGGAUAAACCUUAGCCGGCUGUCAUUUGGUUUGGAGCUUAAUGAACCAGCAACAUCAAACUGGACUUCUGGAACUAGUGUUAAGUUUGAGCAUAUCCGGCCUGUUAAUAAUCAGGGCCGCUCCAUUGCCAGAGACCAUGAUGGCUUUCCUCUGACCUGCAGUGGUAACCUCCAUGAUAACAUGAUCAUCUUGAAGCAAGAAUCUGGUUAUGCAGAUGUUAAUGAUAAUAGCUUCUUAAAAGUUAACUUCCAAAUGGAACAAGGAUUACCACUUGUACCAAAAUCACUGACCUUCAAUAGAGUUAAAUGUGCAGUUUCAAAAGGCAUUAAGUUGGGCCCAACAUUUUUGGUUACUAGUCUGACAGGUGGGUCCAUUGUGGGGGACAUGGCACCAUAUCAAGCUUUUGCCAUAGGUGGACUUGGUAGUGUCCGAGGCUAUGGUGAGGGUGCGGUUGGUUCUGGAAGACUAUGUCUAGUUGCUAACUGUGAAUAUACGAUUCCCUUGGCUAAACAUCUCGAGGGUUCUAUUUUCAUGGACUGUGGCAGUGACUUGGGAUCUGCUCGUCAUGUUCCUGGCAAUCCAGCUCUACGGCAGGGGAAACCAGGAUUUGGCAUUGGAUUUGGAUAUGGACUUCACUUCAACACGGACCUAGGUCAGAUCCGUGUCGACUAUGCUAUGAACGCAUUCAGUCGCAAAACCAUCUACUUUGGCAUCAACAGUAGUGGUGGCUCGUAGGUUAUGAGAAACAAACCUCUCUCACUUAACAUAGACUUGCAAUUCAAAUUGAUUCUUGACAUAGAAGGGGCUCCCCUGGUUUCUUUCUUGACGGUGUGUUCCGGACAUGCCAGCAGAAUCAUCUUAUUUCUAUAUGCUGGCAUUCAAAAGCUGUAUAGUUGAGAUGCACGAGAUGCAUGCCCCUUAUUAUUUAUUGUUACAUUUUUUUUUCUGGUCACACGCUGAACAAACGUGUGCCGAUAAGAUAUGUGUUGAACUGCUCCAAAGAUACUUUAAGUACAUUAUAACUUCA